UCCCUCUUCACUCUAACACAGACCAAACACUAAAUUUCAUCUCUACUUAUUUCAUUAUUUGUCAUUUUUAAAUUUUUCCCAAUACUUAAGUUAUCAUGUCGCACUGCAAGAAAUUUACAAGAAACACAAUCUCCCCACCCAUACACACCAGCCCCUCGACUCUGAGCAUGUCACAAAUGUCACACCCACAGCGUGAAAAUCUAUUCAGACAGAUCUACCUCAGAAAGGCCAAGUUAUCUAUGGCGUCUUCCCUGUCAGAACUCUUCGCCCAAUUUUCAAUCCUCUGUAUCGUAGAGUUGCAAUUCAACUCGGCCUCCCACCAUCCCCCGAAUCCUUGGGUUUUGACGAUUUACGUCACAGCGACAUCGCUCCUCAUUACGCACGCGGUCAUCUUGCACCUCGCGUUGUGUCAGAUGGGCUCCUGUCUUGACCCGGUCAUCGCCACGUCGCACCAUUCCAUGGAAAAAUUCGACUUUGACUGGAUCCCGUUCCAAUCUCUGUUCUUCACCUGGGAUUCAGUCUACGUGUUUGGAAUAUGCGGAGGAUUUUGGCUGUUCACAUUUUGCUUCAUGCUCCUCAUGUGGCUAAAGUUUGUGCAGUUUGGUGGUUACAUUCCUCUCGGAGGGAUCGCUUUGAUGACGCCGAUUCUCUUAACUGUGUCGAUUUAUGGGAUUAUUUUGUACAUAAAGGAGAAGAGAGAAAGGGUCCGAGGCAAGGAGGAGUUUGGCGAAAAGCUCGUGUAUCAAAGUAGCCAAGAGAGGGACGUUUUUGCAAUAAUUUUUUGCGACAGGUGUAAAAUCCAUUUUGAAAAAUAUUUCACGAGGGAUGAAAUGUUGCGAAUUAAUCAGGUAGACGUCCCUUGCUGCAAGUAUAGGAAGAGGUUGUUCAGAAAGUUAGAAUAAUAUCUAGGUGUGCAUGUAUACGUAAUAAUUUAGCUAGUAGUAUAAAGUGUCAUUUUGUGUGCUAAUAAUGAUUUUUGCACUGGCAAUUAUUUGCAGCUUACAUAUGUGCAAAUACAUGUGCAGUCGUAUUACAUAAGUAUGCAAUGAUAAAUAUGUUAUGAUAAGUGGUAUCUGGCGUGAUUUAGAAUUAUCUACUAGAUUUGUUUACACUAUUUAGGAUUAGUUUUUUUUAUCACGGACGCUAUAAUUGCCGAUAUUUCAAUAUAUUUACUUAAGUAUGGUAAGCUCUCUACCUAGUAGGUCUUAGACGAUGGGAGUGAAACAUUUAUAAUUGAAUAAUUUAUAAUUUUGUGUAGUUAAUAACAUGAAAACUUCUCGCAUCUAAUUUGCCUGAUGACAAAAAUCGGGAUACGUAUAAAUUUAAAUGCAUACUAAAGGCAUUACACAAAAGAAAUAAAUACACCAUAACCAUGGUGGUUUGUGCGUCUCAUUUUUUUAAAAGUUUAAUAGUUUCGAUAAAUAUUUCCAUUUUA